UUAAAAUUUCAUGUCUUCCAUUCAUUAUACUGCAAUUUUGUUUAAUCAAACAUGGGCAUUACUCUAAAGUUUAACCGAGAUUCACCAUUAUCCCAAACUGAACUACUGUUCAUUUGUCCUUUUCUCUCUUUGAGGAUUCAUUAUGGAGUGGGAAAGAGUUCGUACGUUUGUCAUAAAAAGACAUUCUGUUUACACUAUUUCAUGGGAACAAUUCAUAGAUGUGUUUUGUUGCUACAACAGGUUUCUCAUGGUGCCAUUCAAUUUACAGUCUAUGAAGAACUCCGUAAAGUUAUUGCCAACUCAAGGUCUAAAGGGACCAGAGUCGAUGCUCAAAGUUCCGGGGAAUUACUGAAUUCCGGUGAUUAUGCUGUUCUUGGAGGAACUUCUAAAAUUGCUGCCAUGCUUUUGACAUACCCAUUUCAAGUUAUUCGAGCUCGGUUGCUACAGUUCAGGAAGAGGAAUGUCAAGCCCUUGCUGCAUUUGGUGCCUGUUUCCAAUAUUAAUAAUUGUUUGAAGAAGCAUUUUCGAGACCUUUAAAAUGUCGUGAUCUUUGAAUUUAUAUAAUUCUGUUUGGUUGCAGUUAAUUUUACAAGCGUGUUUUCAUUGUUGGUGGAAUCAGACUUGAAUAAUAUGGGAUUUAUGUGCUUUAAGAUAUGAAUGGGAUUUAUUGUUGCUUUAAGAUA